AUGGCACGUUACUUGUUCAUUCAGCACGUGGUACAGGCCCUGAGGGAUGUGCCCUCCAGUCAGACCAAGGGUGUGAGUUCCACCAAGGGCAGCCCCGGGAGCCCCAGUGACAUCCUGGCCAUCAUUUGGAGCGCCCAUCUGAAUCAUAAUCCUGAACAACCCAUAUUCAUCAAGAAUAGAGUGAUGGCUCUACUAGGCUCGAAGAUUCGUUUUGUUGUGGAACUUGUGUAUCCUUUGUCUUUAUUUGUUGUCCUGAUCUGGCUAAGGAAUGCCAACUCACUCUAUAGCCAGCAUGAAUGGAAGGAUUUGGGUUUAACCUUCGGAAAUGGGGGCUCGUCCGGGAUCUCUUUGGGGAUCUUUGGAGACUCCCAGGAGCCUGUCCUUCUGAACAAGGACGUCCCUGCUGAGUUCAGCAGGUUCAGGGGUCUGGCUCUUGGUGAGGCUUCUCAGCAUCCAUGCCCGGAAAGAGAGAGACUUAAAAGCCAACCAGACACAGGGAUGCCGGCUAAAGUAAUGAGGAGUAUCCGGAUUGGUUCGGUCACAACGUGUGCACAGACCCAGACUGGUGGAGUUCUCUUGGGAAAGGAUGGGAGACCGACUGUUUGGCAAAGGCUGAGCAAUUCCAGACUAUAUACCCCCUUCAUCAUCUGGACCAGGCCUGCAAGGAUUUCUGCACCUUCCACUGUCAGCUCUACACACAUAUUCAGCUGGAAGCAGUUACAGAAGAAGAGAUCUUCGCCCUCUUUUUCCUUAGCUAUUGGAAGGAGGGGUGGGGAAAUGUAGUGGUAGCCUGGUGGGCCUGAGUCUAGUUGGGGAUACUCAGGCCUAGAAGAGGUCAAUUAGAGAUUACUCUUUCCUUGGAUAAAGUUGGGAAACAGUUGUAUUUGCUAUUUAAAUUUGCUUUGUAAAAGGUUCUAAUAGGGGUACCUGAGGUCAAAGAUGAAAAUUGCUAAGUGAAUGGACACUGGGAGCACAUCACUGAAAUUAUAAAGAGGUUUUUAAAUCA